AUGGGUUGUUUUUAUUCAUCAAUAAAUCAAAUUAACAGUGAAUAUGUUCUCAAUUCAAUUGAUAUCUUAUAUUUAACACAAUCAUGGAAUAUUAUUAAAACUCACAAUCUUCACAAAUUUGCUCAAGACGUUCUUAUAAAAGCCACUAAUCAAAGUCCAUCACUCCGUCAAUUUUGGAUAUCAAAAAUUCAAGUUGAAGGAAAUAAUUAUGAUUAUGGUCAAAAUGAAUCAUGUUUAAGAACUGAUUUAAGCUGGCAUAUUGGAUUACGUGAAUAUAGUAUUCAACUUAUAUCAAUACUUGAUAAACUUAUAUCGGUUAUUAUUAAUGGAGAUCCUUUGAAAAAAGAUAUUCAAUCUCUUGGCCUUCCAGAGAAUAUUUUUCUCAUUCGAUAUGAAUUCUUCAUGGUAGUUUUUUUUUCUUUAAACCCAAAAGCUUUGAUUAAUUCUCUUUGUAAUUUUUUUAAUACUUGA